CUGGCCGCUAAACUUCCUGCGGCCUUUGUACACACGACCGAAUGACCCUUCGCCGAUAACCUCCAAAAUAUGGUACUGAUCCAUUAUCAACGAUGAAGCCUUGACCCAGAGGAACAGUCCGGUGACUUUUCAGAAUGGAGAGAGGUGUGUUUUUCUGUGGCUGGAAAGCUGUGACAGACCGCAAGUCUCUGUCUGAGAACCAGGAACCGAAGUCAGGCCGGGUAUAUACAAUGUACCACGGCACACAUCUGAGUAACGCAAAAACCAUCAUUAAUGAGGGAUUUGAACCCUCCAAGACCGGAAUGCUGGGCCGCGGGGUUUAUGUCAGCCGUAACAUUAAGAAAGCCAAAUGUUACCCACUAAACACGGAUAAGAACGACAAAGUCGUUUUCAAAUUGAAGGUGCGUGUGGGAAAAGUAAAGAAAAUAGACUGUGACAAUCAUGAGCUCCAGAAAUCGUGGCACGAGAACGGGUACGACUGCGCCUGGGUUCCACCACACAGCAAUAUCUCUAGCAUCAAGUCUGGUCGUGAGGAGGACUGUGUCUGGGACCCCAAGCGCAUCACUGUGAUUGACGUGGCGUGCUGUGUGGAUGACGCCAAACGCAAGGAGCUUCGACGGAUGAUUCGCAGUAAGCUGAAAACCGAAGGCUGCAGUCUUUGCCAUGUCAACGCCUCUGAUAGCCAUGAUAUUGAGCGGUGCUGGGAGUGCCAGGAAGACAUCUGUCCUUUUCAGUCAAAACACGUGUGUAAAGGCAGAAAGUUCAGAGAAGGAGACAUGUAACUAUCACCCUGUAUCUUUCUAGAUUAGGAAUAGAUCCCCAGACCUCAGUGUUUCUGACAUCUGUGUUAAAACCAUAUGAGUUUAAUUUAUGUAAAUGCUACUUAUGUCAUUUAUCUCUCUUUUGUUUGUAUUCGUGUUAAAAAUGUGUAGGCUACUAUUCAUUAGCAUUAAAGUUUCAUAGUAUCAAAUUAUGUAAGCUGAGACACAUUGUUCUUAUAUUUUUAUGUUACUAUGAUGAACUGCUCUGUUAAAUGUCCAUUCUGUCAUUUUUUUUUUAUUUAUUUGUUUUUCUGUGGAGCCACUUAAAUCACUAAAAAUCAGAAUCAUUCAUAAUCUGACUUUGAGGCAGACAAUGAAUGCAUAAUUCAAACUAUUAUAUUUAAUUCUUAAAACAUUUUUACACAUUGCAUGUAUUUUUACUUUUUUUUAAAUAAUCUUUGUUAUUAUAAUUGUUACAGUUAUAAAGGUUUUAUGCACUUCCAAAAAUGAAAUUCAGUGUCAGUAAUUCUAUCAAUUCGUCUUCAAAUAUUUAGGCCACUGCAAAUCUGCAAUGAUUUUUCAUUACCUUUAAAUUUGUUUAAAUAGACCAAAUGUUGUUCAUUGUAAUGGAGAUUAGAAUAAAAAAUAUAGGCCUAGGCUAUAAAAUCCUCACAAACUGUUUUUUAAUUGGUUACCAUGUAUCACCUAUAGAGCAAAAAUAAAACGGUCAU